UCUUUUUAUGCAAUUUCUAAACACUGUAAAACUGAAUUAAGAAACAGAUCCCAAUCAAAAAAUAACAACCUUGGAAAGUAACAACUAUUUUUAACAUAGAUAAUAUCAAUAAAAUCAUCACUGAAUAGGAUGGAUUAAUUACAUAGAUCAAAUUACUGGAAGAUGUUCAAGAAUUAAUCAACUUAUUAUAACAAAGAAUAGAUGAUUCUGAAAAUUGUGGAAAACUCAAAUCAUAUCAUAAAAAUAAUUCUCAAUUAUCACAUCAAAUUAAAUUACUUGAAUCAAGAAUGAUUGAAAUGGACAAUCAGAUUUUGAAUUCCAAAACAUAACCCAGACGACCUGAAAUUCUCUAAAUUGAAAAUUCAUUUAAAAGAAAUCUUAAUUCUGUUAAACUAGAAGUGCAAUAAGAAUACAAAAAUAUUUAUAAAGUAGACUUUUUAUUUAAAUUAGGAAAUGAAUGGAUUAAGAUGCGACUUAGAUUAUGUAAUUAAUAGUUAAGUCAAGUAAAAGAUUACUAAUAAGAUUAAAACCCAGAAUAUCAAUCUAGAAAAUAAUAAACUAUUAUUUAUCAAUUUAUUAGAAUUAGAAACCUUUAUUGAAGAACUCGAUUUAUAUGAAAAUCAAAAUACCCAAAGAUUUCUUGAGGAAUUAAUUACUUGUGAUUCAGAAAAGGCUAAAUCUCUCAAUUAUUAAUUGGCUGGAACUAAACGAAAAUAUUUGAGUGAAAUUAAAAAAAUAGAGCAUAAAUUUAAAAUCCUUGCUGAUUUGGUACAAGUGUAAUCACCUUAAGAAAAAUAUACUAUAUAAUUAAACAACCAAAUGAAUCUCAUAGUUUAGAGAUUGCAUAAAAAUAUUGAUAUGUUACUCUUAAAAAUUAGUGAAUAAUUACGCUGA